AUAUUGUGUUGGAUGUAAAAAAAGCUGCCUAAAGCAAAAGUCCGAAGCACAAAUUUUUUACCAUGGCGCAAGUGAAGCGGUAUAGGAGAUCAUCCGAAGACGGAUACCAGGACAACGAGGAGUUUGUGCCAUAUGUGCCGGUUAAAGAGCGAAAGAGGCAGCACAUGAUAAAGUUGGGUCGGAUCGUGCAACUGGCUUCAGAGACUGCACAACCAAAGUCCUCUAGCGAAAAUGAGAACGAGGACGACUUUCAGGGAAAUCACAACGCAGAGACCUGGGGACGCAAGUACAACAUAAGUUUGCUGGACCAGCACACAGAACUGAAGAAGAUUGCGGAGGCGAAAAAGCUAAGUGCUGUGGAGAAGCAGCUUCGCGAGGAGGAGAAGAUCAUGGAGAGCAUUGCCCAGCAGAAAGCGCUUAUGGGUGUUGCUGAGUUGGCAAAGGGCAUUCAGUACGAGGAGCCUAUCAAGACUGGCUGGCGACCGCCGCGAUACUUUCGGUCGGUGUCUGUGGACGAGCACCAGGCCGUUCGUCAACAACUGAGGAUCGUAGUGGAGGGCGAGAACCCAACUCCGCCCGUUCGCAGUUUCCGAGAAAUGAAGUUCCCAGAAGGCAUUAUCAACGGCUUGACCGCCAAAGGCAUUAGUUAUCCAACACCGAUCCAGGUACAAGGCUUGCCCACUGUUCUGGCAGGUCGAGAUCUGAUUGGCAUUGCCUUCACCGGAUCCGGCAAAACACUGGUAUUUGUGCUGCCUGUUAUCAUGUUUGCCCUUGAACAAGAGUACAGACUUCCAUUUGAACAAAACGAGGGUCCCUACGGGCUAAUCAUUUGUCCGUCCCGCGAGCUAGCUAAGCAAACGCACGAGAUCAUUGAACACUAUUGUAAGCACCUUCAGGCUUGUGGGAUGCCUGAGGUGCGCUCUUGCCUGGCCAUGGGAGGUUUACCGGUCAGCGGGGCCCUGGAUGUAAUCUCGCGCGGCGUACACAUAGUUGUGGCUACCCCCGGUCGACUCAUGGACAUGCUUGACAAGAAGAUUCUUACGCUAGACAUGUGCCGAUACCUGUGCAUGGAUGAGGCUGACCGAAUGAUUGACAUGGGUUUCGAAGAAGACGUACGUACGAUUUUCUCGUUUUUUAAAGGUCAGCGACAGACACUACUUUUCUCGGCCACCAUGCCAAAGAAGAUUCAAAACUUUGCUCGCUCCGCUCUUGUUAAGCCAGUCACGAUAAAUGUGGGCCGAGCAGGUGCCGCAUCGAUGAAUGUAACGCAGCAAGUUGAAUAUGUGAAGCAGGAGGCCAAGGUGGUUUAUUUGCUGGACUGUCUUCAGAAGACCGCUCCACCCGUUCUCAUUUUUGCAGAGAAAAAGCAAGACGUGGACUGCAUACAUGAGUACUUAUUACUGAAGGGUGUUGAGGCUGUGGCAAUACAUGGCGGUAAAGAUCAGGAAGACCGGUCACGGGCCGUGGACGCUUACCGCGUUGGCAGAAAAGAUGUUCUGGUGGCCACCGACGUAGCUUCAAAGGGCCUGGACUUUCCCAACGUGCAACACGUUAUUAACUACGACAUGCCGGACGAUAUCGAGAAUUAUGUACAUCGCAUAGGUCGCACAGGGCGCUCAAACACUAAGGGUUUGGCAACCACGCUGAUUAACAAAAUGACCGAACAGUCUGUACUACUUGACCUGAAGCAUCUGCUUAUUGAGGGAAGGCAGCAGGUUCCUGACUUCUUGGAUGAGCUGGCACCAGAGGCUGAACACCAGCACUUAGACUUAGGUGACUCCCAUGGCUGUACCUACUGUGGCGGACUGGGCCAUCGUAUAACAGAGUGUCCAAAGCUGGAAGCAGUUCAGAAUAAGCAGGCCUCAAACAUAGGACGUCGGGACUAUCUUUCUAAUACAGCUGCUGAUUAUUAAAGAUCUACGAUCACAUAAUUAUAAGAUUACUAUGACGAUAGAAUAAAUAGAUAAGUGUA